AUGCCCCUAACCAACACCCCAACACCACCGCCCACCCCCCUCCCCUCUCCCCCACCUCUCAUCCCCAUCCCCCCAGGAAUCCCCACCCUCUCAGCCCACGCCUCCCUCCUCUGGCUCCCCCCCACCGCCCCUCGCCCCUCCCACGCCCUCACCUCCCACGCCAUCUUCACCGCCACAGCCACCCCCGAUAGACCGGCCUGGCACCCCACCGGCUCCCAGCCCAACACCCCCCUUGAGUUCGCAAAAGGCAUCCCGCUCGCAAAGGAGGAGCUACAGGCGCGUGUGCUGCCGCUUAGACAGGUGGUGGCGAAGUACAAUGUUGUCGUUGUUAAGGAGAAGACUGAGGAGGAGAAGGAGAGGGAAGCGGAGCAGAGGAGCAGGGGGGAUGUUUUUUUGAAACUGCUGUAG